UUCGUCUAACUGUACCAUCAUCAUCCACAUUUUUUUUCUCUCACACACUCAACCAAAGACGAAGGAAGAAGAAGAAUUACAAAGUACCACCAAACAGGCUGCGACGACGUCGUUCUUUGCAACUUCCAGUUACUUCUCUAUAUCUCUUUUCGCUCGAUCCUGUUCUUGUUCUUGAUGAAUAUGACACCAGUUUGCCCCUUUGUCAAAGCUGCUCGCCCCGAUGAUAACAAUGCCUCUAAGAAAUCUGGCGAAAACUCUAUGAAACAUCAGGCUGAGUCUGAGAGUAAGGUGAAGAAAGAGGUUAAUGACUCAGCUAGUACCUCACCAAAGUGCCCUUUUGGAUAUGAUUCACAGUCGUUUAAGAUUGGUCCUCUUAGCUGUACGGUGUGCCAAGCACUUUUAUUUGACACCAGCAAAUGUGUACCUUGUUCUCAUGUUUUCUGCAAAGCAUGCAUAUCGCGCUUUAAGGACUGCCCGUUAUGUGGGGCUGAUAUUGUGAAGAUCGAGCCUGAUGCUAAUCUUCAAGGUGUAGUUGAUCGCUUUAUUGAAGGUCAUGCUAGGAUCAAAAGGUCUGUUAGUGCAGACAAAGGAGAAGAAGCAGCAGAGAGUAAACAGGUCAUAUAUGAGGAUGUGUCUUUGGAAAGAGGUUCUUUCUUGGUGCAACAGGCUAUGAGGGCAUUCCGUGCUCAGAAUUUAGAAAGUGCCAAAUCAAGACUCAACUUCUGUGCAGAAGACAUUCGUGAUCAGUUAGAAAAAGUUGGUAACACUUCAGAGUUAUGUUCACAGCUAGGAGCAGUCUUGGGUAUGCUUGGUGACUGCUGCCGAGCAAUGGGUGAUGCGAGUUCUGCAGUUGCAUAUUUUGAAGAAAGUGUUCAAUUUCUGUCGAAGUUGCCAAAAGAUGAUUUGGAGAUUACCCAUACACUUUCUGUUUCUCUUAACAAAAUUGGAGAUCUUAAAUAUUACGAUGGAGACCUUCAAGCUGCAAGAUCUUACUAUUUUAAAUCUUUGAAUGUUCGACGUGAUGCUGUCAAGCACAAUUCAAACGUUCCAUCCCAGGUUUUAGAUGUUGCUGUCUCUCUUGCGAAAGUUGCGGAUGUGGACAGAAAUCUAGGGGAUGAAAAGUUAGCUACAGAUGGAUUUCAAGAAGCCAUAGAUUUACUGGAAUCACUCACGUUGAAAUCUGAAGCUAGUGGGCUCGAGCAGCGGCGGCAAUCCGUCAUAGAUUUCCUUAGAAGCCAACUUCCAGAUAAACAAGAACAAGCUGAGGCAACAGUCUGAGAUAGGUGGUCCACAUGAAGAAAGGAAACACAAAUUCAGAUGCAAUAAAAAAUGUUACGGUAUGCCACGAGACGAGCUUGUAAAUUAAGGUCGGCUUAACAAAGGCACUACUAAUGGAGGAAGAGGAGAUUUCAGAGUAAUGAAUAUUUCAGGCAUUUCUGGCACUGCAGUACCUUCCUAAGCCUAAGAUUCUACAGGGAAUCCUUUUUGUAUUUUCUUGUGCACCACUCUUGUAUUUAUUUUUUUUUGUUUCCACCUCUUUAGUUGCUUAUCUUCUUGGUGCAUACUAGCAAUUGCGCUCCUUGCGUCAUUGUAACUAAAUAUACUCUUCUCUAAUAAACUAGAAACGAAGUAACAGGUACUAUAGGUUGUGUAGUUUGCGUCACAACUUGAUGGAUACAUUCUAUACCGUGAAAAGUGAAAUUUAUAGAUAUAUUUCUUUAAUAUUCCAA